UUGCCAGAUUGAGCGGGAAAUCUGACCCAAUCUGGCAACAAUGCGCUUGACGCAGGAGCAGCCAGGUCCACUGAGAAAGACCGAGAGGGACGAGGACUCAGCGGGGCGUCAUGGAAGGUGAUUGAAGUGCAAGCAGUGUUACGCUGUUUAGACCAGAGCCACAAGAGGGUCCGCACCAGAGAGUCUGACUCAGAGAGUCUGGACCAGAGAGUCAGACCCAGAGAGUCAGACCCAGAGAGUCAGACCCAGAGAGUCAGACCCAGAAAGUCAGAUCCAGAGAGUCAGACCCAGAGAGUCAGACCCAGAGAGUCAGACCCAGAGAGUCAGACCCAGAGAGUCAGAUCCAGAGAGUCAGACCCAGAGAGUCAGACCCAGAGAGUUAGACCCAGAGCGGCCAGCGCCCGGCCACCCCUGGGUGGCCCAUGCACACUUACGUCACCAUGGGUAGCCCCCCCGAGGUGCUCUCUUGGACCUCCUGCCCCGGCCUGCUAGUGGGCAAGCUGAAGGAGGAGCUGAAGCUCAGCGUGGUCGGAGACGCCAUGAAGAAGACGGGCCCCACGCCCGACCCCCAGACCAUGGCCACGCCUCCCGACGGGCCCCUCCCCGAGAUCAUCACAGACCUGGCCCCUCUGCCUCCCCCUCCCACGCACCUCUGCGUCCCGCUCCCCACCGCGGCCGGCCCGGACGGGGUGUGCGCGCUGGGCAGCGUGACCCCCUCCUACGGCGCGCUCAACGAGGACUCGUCGGUGCACGCCGAUGGCGGCGGCUAUUUUGACAACAGCGUGCUACAGCUGCGUGACCAGGAGGAGGCGGGGCAGGAGGAGGCGGCCUCGCCCGCUUCCUGCGACCAUGGCGGGUGCGGCAGCGGCGGGGAGGAGCACACGUGCACGGGACGUCCCACGGAGGAGCACACGUGCGGAGGGGAGGGGCAGAAGCAGCCCCAGUACCACCACCACCACCCCCACCCCGAUGACAUCAAGCUGCACUUCCACCGGGCUGGGCCCAACUCAGGGGGCUUCCUGGAGGGCUUGUUUGGCUGCCUGCGGCCUGUCUGGAACAUCAUUGGGAAAACCUACUCCACGGACUACAAGCUGCAACAGCAAGACAUGUGGGAGGUGCCCUUCGAGGAGAUCUCGGAGCUGCAGUGGCUGGGCAGCGGGGCGCAGGGGGCCGUGUUCCUGGGGAAGCUCCACUCAGAGGAGGUGGCCAUCAAGAAAGUGCGUGAGCAGAAGGAGACGGACAUCAAACACCUGAGGAAGCUCAAGCACCCCAACAUCAUCAGCUUCAAGGGCGUGUGCACGCAGGCCCCCUGCUACUGCAUUCUCAUGGAGUACUGCGCCCAGGGCCAGCUGUACGAGGUGCUGCGGGCCGGCCGGAAGGUCACCCCCGCCCUGCUGGUGGACUGGGCUACCGGCAUCGCCAGCGGCAUGAACUACCUCCACCUCCACAAGAUCAUCCACCGCGACCUCAAGUCCCCCAAUGUUCUGGUGACCCACAACGACACGGUGAAGAUCUCCGACUUCGGGACGUCCAAAGAGCUCAGCGAUAAGAGCACUAAGAUGUCCUUUGCCGGGACGGUGGCCUGGAUGGCCCCCGAGGUCAUCAGGAAUGAGCCUGUGUCUGAGAAGGUUGACAUCUGGUCCUUCGGGGUGGUGCUGUGGGAGCUGCUGACGGGGGAGAUCCCCUACAAGGACGUGGACUCGUCGGCCAUCAUCUGGGGGGUGGGCAGCAACAGCCUGCACCUCCCCGUCCCCUCCACCUGCCCCGACGGCUUCAAGAUCCUCAUGAAGCAGACCUGGCAGGGCAAGCCCAGGAAUCGUCCGUCCUUCAGGCAGAUCCUGCUCCACCUGGACAUCGCUGCCGCAGACAUUCUGGGGGCCCCUCAGGAGACCUACUUCAAGUCUCAGGCGGAGUGGAGGGAGGAGGUGAAGAAGCACUUUGAGAAGAUCAAGAGUGAAGGAACGUGCAUCCACCGCCUGGACGAGGAGCUGAUCCGCCGGCGACGGGACGAGCUGCGGCAUGCACUGGACAUCCGGGAGCACUACGAGAGGAAGCUGGAGCGAGCCAACAACCUGUACAUGGAGCUGAGCGCCAUCAUGCUGCAGCUGGAGGUCCGCGAGAAGGACCUCAUGAAGCGGGAGCAGGCGGUGGAGAAGAGGUACCCCGGGAACAACAAGCGCCACCCGGUCCGGCCCAUCGUCAGGCCCAACGCCGUGGAGAAACUCAUGAAGAAGAAAGGAAGCCUUUCCCAGAGGCCCAGCCUGCCUGGGGCUAGAAGGCCUGACCUCCUCCGCUCCGACGGGAUCCCCAGCCUGGAGCCUCUGCCCCCCCCCUCGCCGCUGGCGGCCAGCCCCAGGCUUUCCACGCCCCCGGGCAAGGCCCGCUACCGCAGCAAGCCGCGCCACCGCCGCGCCAGCAGCAAGGGCAGCCACAACGACUUCCCCGAGGUGCUGCAGCUCGGGCCGUCCGAGGACCCCCAGCCCCUCCGGUACCCCCAGGGGCCCAUCCUGCCGCUGAGGGGCCGGGAGCAGGCCGUGGUCAACUGUGCCAACAACCUGCGCUACUUUGGCCCCGCCGCGGCCCUGCGGAGCCCCCAGACCGACCACCUACAGCGGCGGGUGUCGGGCCCCGGCCCUGACCUCAUCUUCUCCACCAGCAUAGACUGUGACCCCCGCCCGCGGGCCCCGACCCCCCUCACCACCAACAGCCCCACCUCUUCUCCACUCGGGCCCCUCACCGGGUCCCUAGGCCCCUGCCGUCAGGCACACCCCUUGCCCGGGGGGCUCUCUGAUAGUCAGAACCCCCCUCGGAGCUACCCCCUGCCCCAGGGGCAGGACGAGGGGCCCCAUCCCGGCGCCGACGGGGACCCGGCGGAGACGCCCCGGCCGGGGGAGCCCGAGGGGCCGGCGCCGCAGGCCCCACCCUCCGCCCUGCCGCGGACCCUCAGACCGCUCAGGAAGGGCGGGGAUGAGUCCUCUGAAGAGGAGGAAGGAGAGGUGGACAGUGAAGUGGAGUUCCCAAGGAGACCGAGGCCCCAUCGCUGCAUGAGCAGCUUCCAGUCCUACUCCACCUUCAGCUCGGAGAACCUGUCGGCCACCGACGGCGAGGAGGGCAACACCAGCGACCACUCCCGCAGCGGGCCCCUGGAGGGCCUCAGUGCCAGCCAGGAGGAGCACCUGGACGAGCUGCUGUCCCACACGCCCGACAUCCCCAUUGACAUCUCCAUGCAGUCCGACGGCCUGUCUGACAAGGAGUGCGCCGUGCGCAGGGUCAAGACCCAGAUCUCCCUGGGCAAGCUGUGUUCUGAUGAGCACAGCUACGAGAAUCCUCUGCAGUUUGGGGAUUCAGACGGCGACUCCUCAGAGGCGGACGGCUCCGACGCCACCAUCAGGAACAACAAGGCAGGGGCCCCAUCCACCUGGUGAGGGCCCGACCCAGAGAGGCGGAGAGACGUCUGCAUCGUCCUCGCUCUUCCUCGAGACAUCUCCCCGCCACCCAUAGCAGGAAACUCAGCAAUAAGAGGAUCGCAAUGUAAACCCAAAAAGCAGCCUAUGAACUACAAAGAAGUUAAAAUGCAAUCGAUCCUAGAUGUCCAAUCCGAUCCCACUCAGCUCCCUCUCUUCCUAACCCGCCCCCUCCCCCUUCUCCAAAAAAUCCACCACCAUCACCUCGUCCACCACCACCUCCUCCAUCACCGGCACCACCAUCCCCCCCCCCUCGGGGCAGCAUCCAGGCAACACUAAAGGCAGGGGUUUCCAUGUCAAUGGUAUGGAAGUGAAACAUCCAUCAUUUAUUUUUUGGCUGAAUUCUAAGAAAGGCAAAUCAUCAGGAACAGAAUACAUCUGCUGAUACAAGAAAUACAACCAAAGACGAUUAGGACGACAGAGAGGAAGUUAGGAAGAGGUUCAUCAUUAAUCAUUUUUUGUGGAUCUCUAAGCAGCACGGUAAUACUGACUGUAUGCAAUACUGACUGUAUGUGGGUGAUUACAUAACGAUGACGAUACUGUAUGUGGGAGAUGAUAAUAAUGAGGAGGAUGAUGAUGAAGCAGACAUGGAACAGAGGGUGAUUGUGGACCAGCACAGACAGCUGGCAGAGACUAGGGCUGUAGGAGGCUCUACAUCGUUGGGGAUUUGACCCCCGGAGCAGCAGGAGGCAACAAAAAAAUGUCCCGGGUUGCUACAGGGCAGAGGGAGAGAAUUUACCCCUCCCACCUCCAACGUUGACCCCUGUGGUGUCUGGUGGACCUGGAGAGACUCACCGUCCAACCAGCCCCUCCACCUGGGGGGGUACUAUCUGAACACGCCCUGCCCCCCCACCAUAACUCCCCCUCCCCUGUAGAACAAGCCCCGUCCAACUGCUGCUCAAUGGUCUGCAGCCGCCAAACCCCCUGGUGGUCAGCAGCGCUAGAGGAAAAAGAAGAGGAGACCAUUGACCAAACCAGACCUUGCAGCACAGUCCCCCCCUCCCUCCUGUUCGUGUUGACCUCCGUGCUCUGGAGACCUCCCCCCCCCCCCCCCCGUCAGAGGUCACAAGGGACACCUUGGAUAUAAUUGUUUAUGAGCUUUCCCUCUCCGUGUAGAAGGGACCAAGUCUUAUGUACAUCUCAGGAUUGUUCUAGAACUGUGAGGAGACCAGACCGGACCGAAAAGCGCGUUAAUUAGUGAGGUACCGUCUGGCACAUAUUAUGGACCAUGCAGGUAUAUUUUAAAUAACUCUCUAUUGAGGACAGAUUUGUUCGACCCCUUAGGUUGUUGUUGUUUUAGUUGACAUCAAUGUUGUUUCCAUUUGUUGGGGGUCGGGGUAAAGAUGCAGUAUUCCUUUUUCAGUAAAACAAAUCACUAGGUUGUGAGGCGUUACUUUCAUUUCCUCACCGGUUUAUCCCUAUUCAUGGUGAUACGAGUGCUUAGUGGUACCAGCUGUGUACAUAUUAGUGUCAAAAAUAGGCACCUAAAUGUUUUCUGUGUGGUGGUGGUUAAUUAGUCAGCCAGAAGCUCAGGUGGGGAGGGUUUGAUAGAUCAGAACAUUAGGUGUCUAGCUGGCUGGACAUACACUGGUGUCAUAGAAUAAUUAGUCUGCAUUACACAGAUAAGAUAUAUUUUUAAAUAGGCCCCUUCCUGUGAUGUUGCCUUUGCUGGUUUAAGGCUCAGGUCAUAGGUUUCAAAAAGAAAAACGAAAAACAGGAGCAGUAUAUCAAUGUCCGCUAGAUGGCGCCAUGUAUUUGCCUUUUCAUUGCAGUACAUAAAUCCACUCAUUCCUUUUCUACCGGUAAUCAUGACAGUGUUAUAGUUCAUUCUCGAUAUAAAUUGCUUCUUCUUUUUUAACCCUGUGCUCUUUAGAAAUGGAUACUGCAUCUUUGGAGUCGACAUGUUUGUUUUCAUCAUCUUAAGUGUUUUUUUUUGUCAGGGUUGAAAUUACUAAUUUUUCAAAAGUAAGUUUUGAGAAGGCUGUGACAAAGUAAGGAAUAUAUAAGCCAGAGAGAAGUCCACGAGCACCGACCCCGCUCAUGGUUUCCAAGAACCUCAUCUCAGUGUUAGUGCUACUACCUUGUGUAAAAAACUCCUAGAUGUCAUGUGAGCCGUUUAGUUCCUCUACCCUGUUCUCAUAGCUCAGAGUUGAGCUCUAACCUGGUCCCAGAGCUCAGAGAGGAGCGGACUACUACCUGCUCUGCGCAAAAGCUCCUCCCCCUCCGCGCUAAAGCUCCUCCCCUCUGUUUACCGCAUCAAGUCCCUUCACGAAGAUGUCCCGCUAUGAAAUGAUUGUAGAUAGAUUUUAAUUCAAUUUGAAUCUUUUGAUGUUGUUUGUGUUUCUUUGUAGCUGGCCUACAUCAUUAUUGAUUUAAUUUAUUAUGAAUGACUAGUCGGGAAUUGUGUUUAUUCAAAAUAAUCUGGCAGCUUUAGGAAUAGUUUUCUCUGAUCCCCUGAUUAGUAUUAUUGAGAGGAAGCACAGCAGAUAUGAUAAGGAGUUUGACAGUAUUGAGAGCUUGAGGAGACAUGGUUCAGACUCUCCUCUUAGGGUCGAUCCACCCAUUGUUGUGUUUCUAAUGGGAUCAUUCAUCAUAUCUCUGAGGCAAUCGAGGGUUAGAGGCCAGUGUUCCAAUGAAGUCUUCCACACAUGCCUUUGCAAUAUACUUUAUAACAGGGUAAUUAAGAGGUUAUGCCUUAACCAGGUUUUCUGACAUUUCCCCUCCCCUCUUUCCCUCCCUAUGAACAAUACUAUUGAACUUACAUCAGUUUCUGUAAAUGUCAUGUAAACCACAUACCCGCUCCUUUGGGAAGCUCAUAUUUCCAACCUCCUUCUCCUCUCCAAUGGCAACCGAACAAGCAACCCUGGCCAGUGUAGUGCUCAUGGGUUUACAGAAGAAUAAAUAAAUGAAUAAAAGCAAAAACAACUGCAUGGAAUAAAUGCUGAGGUACUGUACCCAAAAUCG